ACUUUACUUGCAAUGGCGAUUAAUACGCCCUCCUCGUAACGGCCGCCAUAUUUAUUGUAGGGUUUGUUUCAAAUUUUAAUCCGUAAUCAUCCUCUUUGCCGGUGUCGAGAAAUUGGUCUGACCAGUGUAAAUCCUACGUUGAAUUCUUUUUCUAAUGGCCGAUGCCGAUAAAUUGAACAUAGACAGCAUUAUAGCUCGUCUUUUAGAAGUGCGUGGUUCAAGACCUGGCAAGAAUGUUCAACUUACAGAAAAUGAGAUUCGUGGUCUGUGUUUAAGAUCCAGGGAAAUUUUUCUCAGUCAGCCUAUCCUCCUCGAGUUGGAGGCUCCCCUUAAAAUUUGCGGUGAUAUUCAUGGUCAGUACUAUGAUCUUCUCCGGCUGUUUGAAUACGGUGGAUUCCCACCAGAAGCUAACUACCUUUUCUUAGGUGACUAUGUAGACAGAGGGAAACAGUCACUUGAAACAAUUUGUUUACUACUUGCAUAUAAGAUAAAAUAUCCAGAGAACUUCUUUCUCCUGCGAGGCAACCAUGAAUGUGCUAGUAUCAAUCGUAUUUACGGUUUUUAUGACGAAUGUAAAAGACGAUAUAACAUAAAACUUUGGAAAACAUUCACAGAUUGUUUCAAUUGUUUACCUAUAGCUGCCAUUAUUGACGAAAAGAUCUUUUGUUGUCACGGAGGCCUCUCUCCAGACUUGCAAUCCAUGGAGCAGAUCCGAAGAAUUAUGCGUCCAACAGAUGUACCAGACCAGGGACUUCUCUGCGAUCUCUUGUGGUCAGAUCCAGACAAAGAAACGAUGGGAUGGGGCGAGAAUGACCGUGGUGUGUCGUUCACAUUUGGAGCAGAAGUUGUUGCGAAAUUUCUCCACAAACAUGAUUUAGAUCUUAUAUGCAGAGCACAUCAAGUUGUGGAAGAUGGGUAUGAAUUCUUUGCCAAACGACAGUUAGUCACCUUGUUCUCAGCACCCAAUUACUGUGGUGAAUUUGACAAUGCAGGUGCCAUGAUGAGUGUGGAUGAAACACUGAUGUGUUCCUUCCAGAUCUUAAAACCAGCAGAUAAGAAGAAAUUCCCAUAUGGUGGUCUGAAUGCAGGACGCCCAGUCACUCCCCCACGUGGCCAAGGCAAAAACAAAGGGAAGAAAUAAAAACUGUUUGCAAGAAGUACACAAUACUGUAAAUAGAUAUCUAUAUGAAGAAAAGAUCACAAAACAUCAUUUAAACUAUGAAAUCCUGUUUUAAAUGUUUUUUUUUUUUAAACAAGCCAUAAUACUGUGAGGAGUAAAUAAAGUUAUAGUGGCAAUGCCAUCACUGUGUGUGCCAAUAAAAGGCAUAAAAAUGAAUUUGUCCUUUGAUUUAAAUUUUCAUGUUAACUCUUCUCACUAUAACUGAUAACUUCUCACAUCAGGAAAUGACCUUCUGUGGCUUGUGAUUGGACACUGCAGAGUCACUCAAACCGGUUUAAUUUCUUGGCGGCCGGAUACUGAGGGUGUUUACAUUUUUUUUUACAUUUUACGGAGUGACUUUAUAUUGAAUCAGAUGUUUUCUUUGUCAGGCGAUUUGCUCAUUAAUUUCAAAUUAUGUAGCCCUACCUGGAUACUGGGUACUUCAUUGUCGUUCUCUUCUACCAAUGUACUGUGCAAUGUCAUGUAAGCUUAAUCAGACAUGUUUUUUUUUUUAAUUUACACUCGUGCAUCACGCUUGUGAAGUAGCAUUGUGAAAAUAACAUUGAAACGUUAAAAGUUCAUUUGUAUUGGUUCUCCUAUUCAAAUUUCUUCUAAGCAUAUUUUAAACAAGAUUUAUUUCCAGCUUGAAGUAGUUGUGCAGGCUUAAGAUGGAACUGAAUUCACCUUAAUUGGUUAUAAGUUCCAUCUACCUGCAGUCAACUGCCAACAAUAUGGUGUUACAACUUGCAAGAUCAGACAUGGUUACAUUCAUUGUAUAGGGACUAAUUCAUAGUGUUUUUUUUUUACUUAUUGUCAUGUUUGCUCGAUUCAUGCAAAAUUACGACUAAGUGGUGACAGAAUUUGUUUCUUGUGUAGAGAAAAACCUAGUGGAUGCAUUAAUUAACCUGUUAAAUAUAUCCGCCAUCUUUGUUGCACAUGUAGUGUUAUGAACAAGCAAAUUCGAUUAAAGAAAAACCUUCUCCUGUGAAAGCAUGGAUGCCUGUUUUUUUUAACCAAACACAAAUAUGGUGUGCAUUCUAUUGCAACAGUGUGUUCAGAUUUUUCAUGGUUCUUGCUUGUCCAAUUGCUGGACCACACUCUUAAUCAAUGGUGGUAUAUUAAGGUUUUGAUCUCUAACAUGCAAUUAUUUCUUCAGCUUAGGAGUAAAUGCCAAGAAAUUGAGUUGAAAUCUACUAAUUGGGCAAACAAGAAACAUUUAAUCACUUUUGUAUAAUCGAUUUAAUGCAUCUUUACUUAGCACUUUUGUGUAAUGAAAUGAAGACAACUUGGCACAGUUAGUUCAAAAUAUUGUAUAUAGUUGCCACUUCAAGUUCAGUGGAAUGAUUACCAUUAUCUACAGGGGCUUAGAAUUCCCUGAUGUAAAUAUAUAUGCAUGGGUUUAUUAAAGUCAUCUGAAUUUUUUUUGAAUAUGUAAAAUGGACGUGUAAGCAAACUGGGUGUUCAUUACUGGGUGUGAUUAAUGAUAUCGAGCCUUUGUAAUUAGCCUUAAAGUUUGCCUGUAUAUACGUAUCAGCUGUCAAUUUGCGUAUCUUGUAAUGGUGUUCAAAGUUUUUUUUUUUGAAUCUAGUUGUCGUAUAUUAACUGAUCAGUGUAUUUAUUUGUCCCUGGGGGGGGGGGGGAAUGCAUAUCCAGAUGGUCUUAUAAAUUUGCCAGAACUAUGAAAUAAAGUUUUGUAUAAAAAGCACUCUGGUCAAAAUCCUAGUCUUGCAUCAUGGUUCGAGCAGUUUAACUGAUUUUGUUAAUGUUUAUUUUGAUUGCAUUUCCAAUGAGAUUUAUUCUCUAUAUACCAUAUGCAUUUUUGAAUAGAACACGCACUGCCAUUGGGUUCGGAUGAGAAAACAAGACAAGGUUUCAUUACAAUCCAAAUUGGUAUUGUCCAUCCCAAGAUAGGCAUGUGAUAUUGAUCAAUUCUAAUGUAAAAUGCGUGAAUUGUGCUUAAUAUUUUCAUUGAAAAAAACUUUUCAAAGCUUGUGGUAUUACUAUAAAUAAUGAAUUGGCCAACAAUUGUAGUUUUAAAAAGCAUUUUUGCAACUUUUUUCUCAUUAGUACCCUGUUAGGAUAUAAUUUGCUGGCAAUUUUUGGUAUCACCUGAUAGGCGCAAUAUUAAUGCUUUGUAAAUGUACGAGAAGCAGUUUUUAAAUUGUUACAGUGAACUACAGGCCCCAUUGGGCAAUUUUCAGUUUAGGAGUGUUUUACAGUGACUCCCUUUAUAAGUGUCUUUUAUUCUUUUCCUACAGAAAGUAAUUUUGAGAUGUUUACAAAUCUCCCUCCCCCAAUUGCUGUAUGUAUGGAGUGAGUGAUUAAAGUCAUAGAGUACUUUUGAUAUAGUAAAAA